AUGCACGAGAAGUACGGCAACGUUGUGCGCAUUGGACCAAAUCAGGUGUCUGUAGCUUCACCUGAAGCUUUCCACCACGUGUUCGUCACAAGGUGCAGCAGCUUUCUGAAAACGGACUUCUAUGCGACUAUCCAGCCGGGCAUUGGGCCAAAUUAUGCCGGUCUAUUCAACUACAUCAAUCAUAAACAAGCGAUGGCGGAACGUCGCGAUCUGCAGCCCCUGUUUUCACCGGGUAGCCUAAAGCACUAUGAAGCAAGGUUUGACGAGCAACUUGAUAUCUUGAUGGAGGUCGCUAAGCAAAGAGAGAAGGUCGAUCUAUUUGGACUCUUCAAGUUUUUCAUGUUGGACGUCAUCGGAGAUCUAGCCCUUAACAAGAGCUUUGGCCAAGUAACAUCUGGCAAAGAGCACCAAUACGUGAUUGACUUCAACAAUGCCUUUAUGGUUAUAGGACUUCAAAACACGUUUGCGCCAAUUAUACCCUUGAUACCAUAUCUGCCUUUUAAGAAACUGAAAAACGCGUAUUAUGGACUUCAGCGAGUCUUUUCUUAUUCCCAGGAGCGAGUAGAAGAUUAUCUCAAGCAGGAUAUGUCAAAGAAGCAGGGAUCGUUGAUGUCAGGGUAUUUGGACCCGGCGACUGGGGAGCCGAAAGACGGCUACUCAGCUUGGUCUAUUGCACUUGCUGGCCACGGUUUCAUAGUUGCUGGGUCCGAAGCAACUUCUAUCACUCUGACAUAUAUCAUCUGGAUGUUGAUCAAACGUCCAGAUGUCGAUCAGCGUCUACGACAAGAGCUGAGCAGGCUCAGCAAGAAUUACUCGAAUACUGAUUUAGCCAACCUCCCUUAUCUAGAUGCUGUGAUCCGCGAGACUCUUCGUAUCUAUCCUCCUGCACCUGCACCAAUGCCACGAGUGGUGCCGAAGUCGGGUUUUGAAUUCGAAGGCGUCUCUUAUCCUCCAGGCACCGUCAUCUCAGCUCAGCCGUAUACCAUACACCGUCAUGAGGGAGUGUUCGAAGAUCCGGAUGAAUUCAGGCCCGAGCGCUGGCUCGACGUGCCUUCUGAAAAGAAGGACAGGAUGUACAGAGCUUUUAUCCCAUUCUCGGCUGGUCAAAGAGGGUAA